GGACCUCGCGGAAAGGUCGGACUGACUGGCCCACGGUUCCGGGGUCCGGAAGGCGACCUCGCCUGGGAGCUGAGAGAAGCAUGAGCCAGAAGCUGCUGAAGUUGGAAAACUUGCUACGAUUUCACACUGUUUGUAGGCAGUUGCACAGCCUGAGUCAGAGGAGACUGUUAGCAUGGUGGAGGCACGGGUUUCCACUGGCUCACCCAGUGCUGGCAGAGCAGUACUGGCACUGGCGGACAGGCAUGCUCGUCGCUUCGACUCUGCCUCAGCACAGGCUUCUUGUAACAAAGAAGGAAAAAAGACCAUCGAGAUCUCAGUUGUCUCCAAUGAAAAACAGAAAGGAGGCAGAAGUAUGGGUUGGAAUAACUGUUGAAGAACUAGCCAGAGCAAUGGCAAGAGACAUAGAUUGUGUCUAUGAAGCUUUAUUGAACACUGCCAUUGACGUAGAUUCACUAGAAGCAAACUCACGUUUAGAUGAAGUCUGGAUCAAAGAAGUUAUAAAGAAGGCAGGAAUGAAGUUGAAAUGGAGCAAAUUAAAACUGGAGAAAGUAAGGGAAAACAAAGAUGCUGUAAGAAGGCCUCCGGCAGAGCCAGCUUUAUUAAAACCAAGGUCCCCAGUUGUUACUAUAAUGGGCCAUGUUGAUCAUGGGAAAACGACAUUACUUGACAAACUUCGGAAAACUCAAGUGGCAGCAAUGGAGGUUGGAGGCAUCACCCAACAUAUUGGUGCUUUUCUUGUGUCUCUGCCCUCUGGAGAAAAGAUAACCUUUCUUGAUACUCCUGGACAUGCUGCCUUCUCAGCCAUGAGAGCCAGAGGAGCUCAGGUCACUGACAUUGUUGUGUUGGUCGUAGCUGCAGAUGAUGGGGUGAUGAAGCAAACUGUGGAAUCCAUCCAGCACGCCAAAGAUGCAGGAGUCCCUAUUGUCCUUGCAAUAAAUAAAUGUGACAAAGCAGAUGCUGACCCUGAAAAAGUGAAGAAGGAGCUUCUGGCUUAUGAUGUGGUGUGUGAGGAUUAUGGUGGCGAGGUUCAAGCAGUGCACGUCUCUGCACUCACGGGAGACAACCUGAUGGCUUUGGCAGAAGCAACACUCGCACUCGCGGAAAUGUUGGAGCUGAAAGCAGAUCCCACAGGUCCAGUGGAAGGAACAGUAAUAGAGUCUUUCACAGACAAAGGAAGAGGUCCUGUUACAACAGCUAUAAUUCAAAGAGGAACUCUGAGAAAAGGCUCAAUUCUUGUUGCUGGGAAGAGCUGGGCAAAAGUUCGACUAAUGUUUGAUGAAAAUGGAAAAACACUUAAUGAGGCCUAUCCCAGCAUGCCAGUGGGAAUCAUAGGCUGGAGAGACCUCCCUUCUGCAGGAGAUGAAAUUCUUGAAGUAAAAUCUGAGCCAAGGGCCCGUGAAGUUGUUGACUGGAGGAAGUUCGAGGAAAAAGAGGAAAAAGGCAAAGAUGAUCUGAAAAUACUGGAAGAAAAACGAAAGGAGCACCAAGAAGCAUAUCAGAAAGUCCGUGAGAAGUAUAGUGAUCUGCACUGGAGGAAGAGGUCAUACAUAAAAUACCUUGAAAGAAAAGAACAGAGAACCUUAAAGCCCAAAGAAAAGGUAGAAAAGGCCUCAAAUGUACUUCCUAUAAUUAUUAAAGGUGACGUUGAUGGGUCACUGGAGGCCAUCCUGAACCUUCUGGAUACCUACGAUGCUUCCCACGAGUGUGAAAUAGAAUUAGUACAUUUCGGAUUGGGUGAUAUUAGUGAAAAUGAUGUCACCUUUGCUGAGACAUUUGAUGGUGUUAUUUAUGGCUUUAAUGUGAAUGCAGGCAGUGCUAUCCAGCAGUCAGCUGCACAAAAGGGAGUUAGGAUUAAACUUCACAAAAUCAUCUACCAUCUUAUUGAAGAUUUGCAAGAGGAACUAAGCAGCAGAUUGCCCCACAGACUGGAGGAAUACCCAGUAGGCGAGGCUUCUAUACUAGCUACCUUCUCCAUAACAGAAGGGAAGAAAAAAAUUCCUGUAGCUGGCUGCAGAGUUCAAAAGGGACAGUUAGAAAAACAGAAGAAGUUUAAAUUAAUCCGAAAUGGACAAAUUCUUUGGAAGGGCUCAUUAACCUCGCUGAAACACCAUAAAGAUGACGUUUCAGUUAUCAAAACUGGUAUGGACUGUGGUCUUAGUUUAGAUGAAGAAAAAGUAGACUUUAAAGUGGGAGAUCAAGUUAUUUGCUAUGAAGAAAAUGAAGUUCCAGCCAAGACUUCUUGGGAUCCAGGAUUUUGAAAGUACAUUAAAAAUGAUGAAUGUA